AUAUAUACUCUCCUACUAGCUGUAUAAAUGAAUGGUCUAGAAGCCAAAAGAAGAAGGGAAAAGAGAGAGGCGACGGAGAGAGAGAAGAGAAGAUCAGAGAAGAGAAGAGGAAGAACUCUGGGGGUGCUCAAACAAUUUCUAUAACUGAUUUGUAAUGGGAAAGGACUCCAAGCCUAAGGAUUCAGCGGGGAAAGGCAAGGGAAAACAACCAGCAGGGGGAGGUGAUGACGGUGGAUCAAAGGGUAAAGGAAAAGGAGGGAAGGGAGAUGGUCUAGGGACUUGCACAUAUGUCAAAGCUAGGCAUAUCUUGUGCGAGAAGCAAGGCAAGAUUAAUGAAGCCUAUAAGAAGCUACAGGAUGGUUGGCUCAGUAAUGGAGACAAGGUUCCACCAGCUGAGUUUGCUAAGUUAGCUGCGGAAUAUUCAGAAUGUCCAUCAGGGAAGAAAGGUGGAGAUCUAGGAUGGUUUCCGCGUGGUAAGAUGGCCGGCCCUUUCCAGGAGGUCGCAUUUAACACACCUGUUGGGGUGACUAGUGCACCAUUUAAAUCAACGCAUGGAUACCACAUUAUCUUGUCUGAAGGAAGGAAGAACUGAGAAACUUGAUCUUAUAUGUGGAGCUGAAUCACAUGUUG